AUGGUCGAAUCCUGCGGCGUACCAGUUACUUUUGGCGGCAUAAGCUUCAUCGGCGCCGUACUAGACACGAACAAAUUCCAUCCCAAGAUCACCGAGUUUUCCUACCGUUUAAGGACGCCGCCCGGAUCGCGUGUCGCUUCCCGGGCGAAUAGUGUGAUCGGAAUUGAAGAGCUCCAUAGAGACAAGGCUCCACAAUCGGAUUCUACCGCGAGUCAGGUCCGCGUCAAGGUGAGACCUGCCAAGACAUGUCAACGAGCCUCGGCCGAGUCUUACCGAAAGAGUAAGGAAGAGAAUAGGCGCACCUUCUCUCUAAAGACCAUCGUGCUCUUAGAAGAUAUCUUCCCAAACAGCUCCGCAGACCAUGCACAACAGGACAUACAGUAA